AUGACUGAAGCAGACAUUAAACAUGUAUUUGACAUGAUAGAUACAGAUCAUUCUGGAUAUCUUGAUAUUGAUGAAUUUGUAAAGGCAUGUUCACAAUUAAUUGAAGGAUGUGAAAAAGAAAGUGCAGUUGCACUAUUUCAUAUGGCAGACGAAAAUGAAGAUGGUAAAAUGGAUUUGAAUGAAUUUAAAAAUAUGAUUGAAUUCUAUUUAAAGAACUCCGAAGAAGAAGAUCCAUAUGUUUUAUUAUUUAAAAGAUGUGAUGUAAACGGAGAUGGUGUUUUAGAUAAGAAAGAAGUUUUUGAUAUUCUCCAAAGCAUUGACCCAAAUAUUACUAUACAAGAUAUAAAUGAAACAUUUGAUAUAUAUGAUACGGAUAAAAAUGGUUCAUUAGACUUUGAUGAAUAUAUGAAAAUGGUUGAAGAUAUUAAAUCACAAUAA